GCCAUGGCGCCCAGGCGGCCGGCGGAGCUUUACCGGGCGCCUUUCCCCCUCUACACCGUCCGCCUUCACCCGCGGCGACCGCUCGCCAUCACCGCCGGCGGCGGAGGGGCCGCCAAGACCGGGAUUCGCAAUGGCGUGCAUUUCUUGCAGCUGGAGCAGGUGGGGGGGCAGCUCAGCGCUUCCCUUCUGCACUCGUAUGACACGGAGACGCGAGCCACCAUGACCAUGGCAUUGGCUGACGACAUCAUUGCAGCAGGGCAGGACGCCGACUGCCACAUCCUACGCUUCAGCCUGCGGGCGCCCGAGCCCGGACGGGAUGGCAGUGCAGACAAGGGGCUGCGAAAGCGGAAGGGCCCGGUCCCGGCGGCGCAGGGCGAGACGCAGCGGCAGACAAGCGAGGUGACAGUGGAGAGUCUGCACAGCGUCCGCACUGACUUCAGCCCCGACGCGCUGCAGAAGGCUGUGCGCUUCAACGCUGACGGCUCCCUGCUUGUCACCGGCGGCGCCGACGGCUUCCUGCGCCUCUGGGAGUUUCCCAGCAUGAAGAAGACACUGGAGUUCAAAGCCCACGAUGGGGAAAUUGAAGACAUCGCACUAGGCCCCGACAACAAGGUGGUGACGGCAGGACGGGACUUCCAGUGCUGUGUGUGGCAGCGGGACCAGCUGGUGACAGGGCUGCACUGGAAUGAGAACCUGCCCAGCAUCCCUGACAAGGCGUAUCGCUAUCAGGCCUGCCGGUUUGGGACAGUGGAGGACAAUGCCAGGGCGCUACGGCUCUACACUGUGCAGGUGCCCCACAAGCGGGAGCGCCGGCCACCCCCCUGCUACCUGACCAAGUGGGACGGGAAGAGCUUCCUCCCCCUGCUGACACGGCCCUGCGGCAGUGAGGUGAUUUCCUGCCUCUCCAUCAGUGACUCGGGCACCUUCCUGGGGCUGGGCACGGUGACAGGCUCAGUGGCCAUCCACAUUGCCUUCUCGUUACAGAGGCUGUACUAUGUGAAGGAAGCGCAUGGCAUCGUGGUGACGGAUGUGGCCUUCGUUCCUGAGAGCCAGCGCGGGCGGGAGCUGCUGGCGGGGAACGAGGCUGCGCUGCUGAGCGUUGCCGUCGACAGCCGCUGCAAACUGCACUUGCUCCCCAGCCGACGUUCCCUCCCCAUCUGGCUGCUGCUGCUGCUCUGUGCUGGGCUCAUCAUUGCUGCCAUCCUGCUGCUGCAGUUUGCUUUCCCAGGCUUCCUGUAGGCUCCAGCCCACGGUGUGGGCUGGCCUCCCCCUCAACCUCUGCUGGGCCUCGGACCCCUACCCAGCAACAGACUGUGAAGCAGACGAGGGACCAGCCGUGGCCACCCUGCCCUGCUGGCACACGGAAGCGGACAAAGGGCCUGGGAGCCUGCAGGGCCCUGGCCUGGCAGGACUAUGCCGGCUGUGGUGCGGGGCUGGCCCCGGGGCAGGGGGGUCCAACCAGCCCCCUGUCUCUCCACAGCCAUUAAAACUGGAAGGCAAAGGCAGUGCUGUGCCAUCUAUGCUGCUCCCUGCCCACAGACACGUGGCUGCAGCAGCAUGGGUUUAUUAUGGAGUCAGGCAGUUCCCUGCCCCACAGCCUCAUCCCCGUCCCCCUCCAGCUGCUGCAGCUCCUCGCCGUGCUCGAAGACCGCGAUGGUGAACUGGGCAAAGAGCCGCUCCAUGAAGCUGCCAGGGCGUGGGCAGAGUCCCUCCAGGAAGCCGAGGUGGCCACCGUGGGCCGUCACCAGCAGUGCCACAUGGUGCAGGCGCCAGGCGGCCUCCACGGGGAUGGCUGGGCAACCACAGCAGGAUGGGGUCAGUGGCCAGAAAGCCAUGCCAGGCAGUGCCCCCCUCCAAAGCCCCUUGCUCACCAUGCAGGGGAGAGAAGGGGUCAUCGGAGGCAUUGAGGCAGAGGACAGGCACACGAAUGUAGUGCAGCCCAUGAGCAGGGCUGGCUGCCUGAUAGUACUCAUGGCAGGAGCGGUAGCCAAAGGCUGGGGCUGUGUAGCGCUCGUCAAACUGGCGGAUGGUGCGUGCCUGCCAAGGGGUCACAAAAUGGUCAGGAUUGGAAGGGACCUCGAAAGAUGAUCCAGUCCAACCCUGCCAGAGCAAGCUCUCCUACAGCAAGUCACACAGGAGCUCGUCCAGGUGGCUUUUGCAUGUCUCCAGAGAAGGAGACUCCACAACCCAUCUGGGCAGCCCGUUCCAGUGCUCUGGCACCCUCACAGUGAAAAACUUUUUAUGUUUCUGUGGAACCUCUUGUGUUCCAGCUUGUACCUUUUGCCCCUUGUCCUGUCAUUGGACAUCACUGAG